UGCGAAACGCGCAGAUAAGCCGUUAAUAAAAGAAAAGAAAAAUGUUGUUAACUUUUAGCUUCAGCAUAGUCUUUUACUGACUAUUGCAUUUUAAAACUUGUCCUUCGACCUUAGCACGGAGAGCUAUAAAUUGUAGAUUAAAUUUAUGUCAAUAUAUAACUUUGAAAACCAAUUUGCAGUGAGUUUACAAUGUCGUUAUCGCCUCAAAUUUUGCUGUCUAGUUUAUCCAGAGAACGGUGUAUCACAAAAUUAAAAGAACUUCCAGCAUUAAUAACACAAAAAUCAAAGCAAAAGAUGCAGGCUUCUGUUCUCGUCCCUGUUUGCGUUGAUGAUGGCAAAGUGUGUCUUCUCUAUACAUUGCGGUCUUCAAAUCUGAAGCAACAUAGUGGACAAGUGUCAUUUCCUGGUGGAAAAGCAGAUGAAGAUGAAUCCUGUAUUGAAACCGCUUUGAGGGAGACUGAAGAAGAGAUAGGUAUACCUCGAGACAGUAUAGAUGUAUGGGCGAUAAUGCCUCAAGUUCAGGGCAGGAAUAAAGAUAUGAGAAUAACACCAGUUGUUGGGGUCAUCAACAAUUUUGAUAUGAAAAAAUUAACCCCAAAUCUAGAUGAAGUAGAUGAAAUAUUUACUGUGUCUAUGGAAGAUUUUUGUAACAAAGACAAUCAUGGACAUGUUACAUUUGAAAACCAUCCUAUACCAGUGUAUAACACUGACAAACACAGAGUUUGGGGUAUCACUGGUAUGAUAACUCAUUUCUUUUUACAAAGUUUCCUUCCUGAAAAUGUAUAUCAACUUGAUUACAAUAGAAGAGAAUACACUUUUGAUGAACUGAUGCCUUCAAAGUUAUAGUUUUUGCAAAAAAAUUAAAUAUUUUAAUUUCGAAGUAUCUUACUAUAUAAAAUGUGUCAUAUACCAAGUUCCUGAGCAACCACAGGAAUAGGAUUGUAUAGAAAUGAGCUCAAAUGAGAUACUUCUGUUUGUAGGUGAUGUUAGUGGUGUUUUUGUUUUCUAAUACUUUUGUCAUAUUUGACAAAUUUUGUAUUUACAAUACCAAAUCAAUGUUCUAUAGAAAUAUGCUUUUGUUUUCAUAAAAAUUCUGUUUGUAUAAAUAGUAAAAUAGAUCUCUCUAUAUACUUAAUUAUCUUGGAAUAAAUCUUAGUCUUUUGACAGUGAAAUUAAAAUAUAUAUAUAUCUUACAUGGUACUGUGUAUACAAAAACUAAUUUACUUAAGUUUUCUUUUCAAUUCUUAUUGGGUAAGGACACUACAAACUAUAUAUCAGCAGAUAUAAUUUAUUUUAGGUGGUAAAGUGGGAACAAUGAAAAGCCAUUGCAUAAUUU